AUGAUGCUGCUGAUAUGGAAUAAGUGCUCCUGCUGUCUCCUCUUACUAGCCGUGAUCCUGAUGGUGGAGAGCUCCCAGCUAGACAGCUCCAGCUCCAAGGUGAACUCCAUCAAGUCCACCCUGAUGGGGGAGGCUCCAACGCAGGCAACCAACAGAUCUGCAGGCAUCCACCAGGGACUGGCACUUGGGAGCAGUAAGAAGGGCAAAAUCCUAGGGCAGAUGGGAAAAACUCCAAAGCACCAUCAUCGGCAAGGAGAGGCAUACCCUUGCACUAAUGAUAAAGAAUGUGAAGUUGGGAGAUACUGCCAUAGUCCUCAUCAAGCUACUUCUGCCUGCAUGAUCUGCAGAAGGAAAAAGAAGCGUUGUCACAGAGACGGCAUGUGCUGCCCUGGGAACCGCUGUAACAAUGGUAUUUGCAUACCAGUAACUGAAAGCAUCCUUACUCCACACAUCCCCGCUCUGGAAGGACCACGCAACAAGAAAAACGGUCUUUAUUCUAGCAAGGACUUGGGAUGGCAGAAUCUAGGGAGACCACAGUCCAAGCUGUCACACAUAAAAGGGCAUGAAGGAGACCCCUGCUUACGAUCAUCAGACUGCAUUGAGGGGUACUGCUGUGCUCGCCAUUUCUGGACCAAAAUUUGCAAACCUGUGUUGCAUCAGGGGGAGGUGUGUACCAAACAGCGCAAGAAAGGCUCUCAUGGCUUGGAGAUUUUCCAGCGAUGUGACUGUGCUAAAGGGCUGUCUUGCAAAGUAUGGAAAGAUGCCACUUAUUCUUCUAAAUCAAGACUUCAUGUAUGUCAGAAAAUCUGA